AUGGACACUCGUAUACCUCAACCGCGACAUGUCGUGAUCAUAGGUGGUGGCGUUAUUGGCACAACUACGGCCUACUAUCUAACCCGACAUCCUUCCUAUAUCCCUUCGAUUCAUCAUAUUACUCUUCUCGAGGCCACAUCAAUAGCAUCUGCUGCAUCUGGGAAGGCCGGAGGUCUCCUUGGUCUUUGGGCUUACCCAACAUGUCUGGUCCCACUUUCCUAUCGCCUUCAUGCCGAACUCGCAGCCGAACACGGUGGGACCGAUAGAUGGGGAUAUAGGCGACUCGGAUGCGGACAACUUACGGCGAGGGUGGGGAACAAGAAGCCUCCGAACGGCUUCACCAAGACGAGAAAAAGAACUAGUCGCGGCGUCAUCAAGAAGCAAGACGAACAAGACGACUCCAUAGCGGACACCCAGGUGGAAUGGCAAAAGUUACCCAAACAGGACGAGAAUGCAGUCUCUUUACUCCACGAUUCCAUACUACCAAAGGAUCUCGAUUGGAUUAAUCCCAGUUUGGUGCGCGAAUACGCCGAGAUGGGACUGCCGGGUUUCACUGAGACGGCUCAAGUCCACCCUUACCAAUUCACAACGUCGAUGGCAGCCUUGGCGCGCGAGUAUGGAGCUGAAAUACGCGUUAAUAGUAUGGUUACGAGCAUCGGUCUGAACAAGUCCGAGAUGGCUGUCUCGAGUGUUGAAUACCUAGAUCGUGUCACGGGCGAGACGCGGGUAUUAGAAGGCGUGACAGAUGUUAUAGUGGCCGCGGGUCCGUGGACGGGGCGUCUUUGGCCAAAGACUAAAGUAGAGGGGCUAAGGGCGCAUAGCGUCGUGUUCGCGGCAGACGUAAGCCCGUACGCUGUCUUCACCGAUAUCUCGCUGCCGAACGACUGGGUACCGGCGCACAGAGCGGCGCGGGGUGAGAAGCGGAAGCACAAGGGCAACGUGGACCCCGAGAUCUACGCGCGACCGGGCGGAGAGGUAUAUGCAUGCGGCGAGCCGGACUCGAUAAUACCGUUGCCAGCAACCGCUGAUCAGGUCGAGUGCGACGAAUCCCAGUGUGACGAUCUUAUCUCGUAUAUUGGUACCGUAAGCCCCUUGCUAGGCUCUGCGUCCAUUGCUGCAAAACAAGCUUGUUACCUACCACGGCACAUGCGCUUUGGCAAGGAGAGCGCGCCGCUCAUCGGGGGUACCUCGGUCCACCGGUUAUGGAUAGCAUCGGGUCAUACUUGCUGGGGAAUUCAGAACGGUCCGGCGACAGGCAAGCUCAUGAGCGAGUUUAUCUUUGAUGGAGAGGCCAGGAGUGCUGAUAUUACGGAGCUAGACCCGAGGAAAUUCAAGGUAUGA